UUGGCUUCUUUAAUGUGGACAUACAGCAAAACGCGUUUCGGGGUGUGCAAACCCCUUCACCAGGAGCAGUGUGAAGACAACCACUUACCUGCAUUAGAUUUCUUGAAUACAAGAUGGCAGUUCUUAAAGUAAAAUUCUCUAAGACAAGAAGGGGAAAAUUAGCUCAAGUCUUAUGGAUUCUUAACUGGAUCUCUGUGGUGACCGGACUCAUUAUUUUUAGCCUUGGUCUCUAUUUGAAAAUUGAAAUCAAGAAACGUAGUGAGUUCAUGUUAAGUGGAAAUAUCCAAUCUGUUCCCAACAUGCUCAUUGCUGUAGGCACCAUAGCUUGCAUCAUUAACUUCUUUGGUGGAAAGAUCUGUUACGACUGGUCGGAUGCCAAUAAGUUUUCUAGAUGGAAGCUGUUUAUUUUACCCUAUAUAAUCUGCACAUUUUUCUUUACAUUUUGCGUCUUUGCUGGAGCCAUUAUGUGCUAUACGAUGAGAAACGAGGUGGAGUCUGCCCUGUAUCGUGGACUCAAAGAUGCUUUGAGGUAUUACAAAGACACAGACAUCCCUGGACGUUGUUUCUUAAAAACGUCAAUAGACUUACUUCAAAUCGAAUUCCAGUGUUGUGGGAACAAUGGUUUCCGGGACUGGUUUGAAAUACAGUGGAUAUCUGUACGUUACCUGGAUAUGAGUUCCAAAGACACCGUAGACCGUUUCAAAAGCAAUGUGGAUGGAAAAUAUUUACUGGAUGGUGUUCCCUUCAGCUGCUGUAACCCCAACUCUCCUCGGCCCUGCAUCCAAUAUCAGAUUACUAACAACUCAGCUCACUAUAACUAUGACUACCUCUCAGAAGAGCUGAACAUCUGGAUCCGGGGCUGCAGACAGGCUCUCCUGGAGUAUUAUGACAACCUCAUGCACUCGAUUGGUCUCACCGUGCUUUUGGUCUGGCUCUUUGAGCUCUCAGUGCUCACUGGUGUACGUUACCUUCAAACUGCAACGCAGAACGUCUUAAUAAUGGGAGACCCAGAGUCAGAAUCUGAUGGAUGGUUACUAGAAAACAGCUGCAUGGAAACUGCUAAACAUAAUUUCACAAUUAUCAAGAAUCUUGGCAAAAUCAACCAGAUUUCCACCGUUUCGGGAAAAUCUGACCCAAAUAUGGACAUCCCAACAGCAGAUUAUGGACCAGAUAACGUUCCACCAAGCUCCAUUCCAACAGACAGCUGA